UUUCCUGUAGAUGAAGCAGAAUAAACGCCGAUGAAUUUAAUGCGUUUAAUUUAACAAUAAACCAUCAAGUAUUAAUGUAAUCAAAGAGCAACUCAUCCUAGUUGCCGUGUUUAAUCAUAAACAACAUCAUCAAUGCAGUCGGACUCAGCGAGUGGUGGGCGGUGUCGUGGGAGGAAGCGGUCAGCAGCAGUGGGCGGGCUGGAAUCCAGUGGGCGGGGCCGGAGCAGUACACCUGCAGCACAGAGCAGACGUAAAGCCCCUGAGGCUGAGGAAGAGGAGGAUCAGUCUGAGAAGAAGUUCAGGAAGUGUGAGAAAUCAGGAUGUCCAGCGACUUAUCCUGUGUGUUUCGCCAGUGCAUCUGAAAGGUGUGCUAAAAACGGCUACACGUCUCGCUGGUAUCACUUAUCCUGCGGUGAACACUUCUGCAACGAGUGUUUUGAUCAUUACUACAGGAGUCAUAAAGAUGGGUACGAGACGUUCUCCGCAUGGAAGAGGGUUUGGACCAGUAAUGGCAAGAGUGAACCCAGUCUCAAAGCCUUCAUGGCAGACCAGCAGCUGCCGUACUGGGUUCAGUGCACGAAGGCAGAUUGUGGGAAAUGGCGUCAGUUGAGUAAAGAGACGCAGUUAACAGCGAUGCUCGCAUCAUCGUAUCGCUGCGGGAUGAAACUGAACAGCGUGAAAACUGAAGGAUGUGAUGCGUGUUCUCAACCAGAGGACGGGCGAGUGGCGGGUGUGACUGACAGCUGGUGGCACUCCAUGUUGAUUUUGCCACCAUUGUUUAAGGAAAGUCCCGCCAGUCCAUUUCUCUCUGCAUAUUACCCCGACUGUGUGGGCAUGAGCCCCUCCGCCUCCUCUGGAAACCAGCGUCCUGAGCAGCGAUGCGCCGUUCAGCCUCGCAUCUCUGGACUGUCUGUGUAUUUUCAGCCAUUCUAUCAGCCCAGUGAGUGUGGUAAAGCGCUGUGUGUGCGGCCGGACAUGAUGGAGCUCGAUGAACUGUACGAGUUCCCGGAAUUCUCUCGAGAUCCCACCAUGUAUCUGGCUCUGAGGAACCUGGUGCUAGCGCUCUGGAACCGACAGUGCAAGGAGGUUUUGACGCAGCAGACAUGCGCUCCUCAUGUGAUCGUCCGCGGCCUGGUGCGCAUCCGCUGCGUGCAGGAACUACACAGAGUUCUGUACUUCAUGACCCGGAAGGGCUUGAUCAACACUGGAGCGUUGCAGGUCAAACGUCCGCUGCUGCCCGAAUCCCACCAUAAUAAGGUGUUGGUCAUUGGUGCAGGUGCUGCAGGUCUAGCAGCAGCUCGUCAGCUGCAGAACUUUGGCAUGCAGGUGGUGGUUUUGGAGGCCAGAGAGCGAAUCGGAGGGAGAGUUUGGGAUGACGUGUCGUUGGGCGUGACUGUCGGUCGUGGAGCUCAGAUUGUGAACGGCUGUGUGAAUAAUCCCAUGGCUCUGAUGUGUGAACAGUUGGGUUUGAAGAUGCACACUCUGGGCGUGCGCUGUGAACUCAUUCAGGAAGGUGGACGUGUCACUGAUCUGGCCGUUGACAAGCAAAUGGACUUCCAUUUUAAUGCCGUACUGGAUGCUGUUUCUGAAUGGAGGAAAGACAAACCACAGUCCCAGGAUGCACCACUCGGGGAGAAGAUCCACGAAGUAUACAAGGCAUUCCUGCAGGAGUCUGGACUGACCUUCACUGACCUGGAAGAAAAGGUUUUACAUUUCCACCUCAGUAACCUGGAAUACGCCUGCGGAAGCACAUUAGACCAGGUUUCGGCGCGCUCGUGGGAUCAUAACGAAUGUUUUGCGCAGUUUUCUGGUGAUCACACACUGUUCACUGAUGGAUACUCGUCUGUCCUGCACAAUCUGGCUCAGGGACUUGACAUCUGCCUCAAUACCGCGGUUCAGCGUGUGGAGUAUUCUGGAGAUGUUGUGAAGGUCAUGUCCACAAGUGGUUCUCACUGGAGCGCACAGAAGGUUCUGGUGACGGUCCCGUUGGCUCUGUUACAGAAGAACAUCAUUGAGUUUGUUCCUCCUCUGCCUGACAGGAAGCUGAAAGCCAUUCACAGUCUGGGCGCUGGAGUCAUUGAGAAAAUCGCUCUACAGUUCCCGUAUCGCUUCUGGGACAGUAAGAUCCAGGGAGCCGAUUAUUUCGGGCACGUCCCGCCCUGUCCGGAGAAGAGGGGCCUGUUCAGUGUCUUCUAUGAUCUCUGUCCUCAAGGUGAGGAGUGUGUGCUGAUGUCAGUGAUCACAGGUGAAGCACUGAAUAUAAUCCGAGAUCUGGAAGAUCGUCAGGUGGUGGAUCUGUGUAUGAACAUCAUCAGACAGCUGUUUCAUGAACAGGAUGUUCCAGAUCCAGUGAAAUACUUUGUGACUCAUUGGAGCAAAGACUCGUGGUCUCAGAUGUCCUACAGUUUCGUGAAGACGGGUGGCAGCGGCGAGGCCUAUGACAUCAUCGCUGAAGACGUUCAAGGGAAGCUCUUCUUCGCUGGCGAGGCGACAAACAGACACUUUCCACAGACUGUGACUGGAGCGUAUCUGAGCGGAGUACGAGAGGCCAGCAAGAUCACAGCGCUGUAGACCUGUCUCACAUCACAGCGCUGUAGACCUGUCUCACCAUCACAGCGCUGUAGUCCUGUCUCACCAUCACAGCGCUGUUGUCCUGUCUCACCAUCACAGCGCUGUAGACCUGUCUCACAUCACAGCGCUGUAGACCUGUCUCACAUCACAGCGCUGUAGACCUGUCUCACCAUCACAGUGCUAUUGACCUGACCUGUCUCACAUCACAACGCUGUAGACCUGUCUCACCUUCACAGUGCUAUUGACCUGACCUGUCUCACCAUUACAGUACUGUAGUCCUGUCUCUCCAUCACAGCGCUGUAGACCUGUCUCACCAUCAGAGCGCUAUUGACCUGACCUGUCUCACCAUCACAGUGCUGUAGUCCUGUCUCACCAUCACAGCGCUAUUGACCUGACCUGUCUCACCAUCACAGUGCUGUAGUCCUGUCUCACCAUCACAGCGCUAUUGACCUGACCUGUCUCACCAUCACAGUGCUGUAGUCCUGUCUCACCAUCACAGUGCUAUUGACCUGACCUGUUUCACCAUCACAGUGCUGUAGUCCUGUCUCACCAUCACAGUGCUAUUGACCUGACCUGUCUCACCAUCACAGUGCUGUAGUCCUGUCUCACAUCACAGUGCUAUUGACCUGACCUGUCUCACCAUCACAGUGCUGUAGUCCUGUCUCACCAUCACAGUGCUAUUGACCUGACCUGUCUCACCAUUACAGUGCUGUAGUCCUGUCUCACAUCACAGCGCUGUAGACCUGUCUUACCAUCACAGUGCUAUUGACCUGACCUGUCUCACAAUUACAGUGCUGUAGUUCUGUCUCAC